UUCACCAUGAAUAACAACGUAUCAUAGCGCAUUAUCCCUAUAUAUUACCUUCAGAAAUUCUCCCGCUUUCCCGAGCCGCCUGACCUGCUGUAUAAACAUAGACACUACCCCGCGCUCUCAUAAUCCCCACUAUGAGGCUUUGACCAUCUGCCAUUUCCCCCAUAGUAAUGUCCGGCUGGCUCAACGACUAUACGUCCGCGCUCUCAGCGCGAGAUGCGCGGGAAAAGAGCAACCUCGAGAUCUUCAAAGCCUACACAAAACUCGCAGACCGCGCAUCAAGCGCCUCAGGUACAGGGUCGGGAACGACAUCUAAAGCAGCGCCUGGUGGUGGCGGCGGCGGGGGUGGGGAGAACGAUGUCCAACUCCGAGCGGAUUUAAUUAUGGCGCAGCGGUCAAAAGUUUCGAUACAGGCACUAGCCACAAAACGGCUUAAAGAGCUAGAAAAGCUGCAGAAAACAGCCCAGGAAAGUCGCGCCUUAGUAAUGGACCUGCGUGCAGAAAAGUCCCUGUUAGAGCGGCGUCUAAAGGACCGAGACGAGGAGUUAAGAGGGAAAGGAAGAUUAUUAGAUGAUGUCCAAGACGAAAUGAUUUCGCUGAAUCUACAACUCAAUAUGGCAGAGGAGAGGAGUGCGAAGCUUGAAAAAGAAAACAAAGAAUUAGUUGAUCGGUGGAUGGCACGGAUGGAAAAGGAAGCGCAGGCAAUGAACGAUGCAUCCCGAUUCUCAUGACACUCUGGUGGUUGUACUAUUUGCACAGACUCAGCUAUACUGCAUUUUCCGGCGUCGGUAGAUUGGGGGUG